UUGUGGAAAAGCUGGGGAAAACUUUGAAGGGUACAUUGCAGUGUGUUAUUGCCGAUAACCUUGGCGCGCACAGCAUUGCGGGUUUUGUAGAGAGUUUUUCUGGCAGCUAUGUUUGCAGGUUUUGUACGGCAGAUAGGUCAGAAAUUCAGGACAAGGAAGUUGGAGCUGGAGCUUUCUGUCUGAGAACUGAGGAGAUACACACAAAUCAUCUGAAAACAAAAAAGAUUCUGACUUCAGUGAUGUUGCUGAAGCACUGACAAAGAAGCACCCCUGCCUGAAAGAACCAGGGUCUUACAAUGAAAGUUAUGGUUGGAAGCGCAGGAUGAAGAUGAAAAUGGCCAACUACAGGACCCAACUUAAGGCACACGGUACAUCUGCUGAGGUCACAGUGAAUUCUUUGAAAUCCAAGUCUCAAGGGGACUCCUACCCAGCAAAGAAUGUCAAGAGACCUAGACGAGCUGAGGCCAAUCAUUUUCCAUCUUUGCCAAGUGGUGAGACUACAGGAAGCCUGGAACAAGAGAGGGUUUCUCUUUUGACUGAACUACAGAAAAAAAACAACCGUCAAACAAUAAAAGAAAAGAUGGCAAAGACGUUUGGAUACCGUAGACAAGAAAUAGUGCAUAAGCAGCCGAGCAUUGAAGACAUGUUGGAAAGAUGGCCAGCACUUUUUCAGAUGGAUGAGAUUAAUGCUGAGUUCAUGCGGGUGACAACAGUUCCCUUGGAGACAAAGUUCUUAGCGCAGUUGGACAAGCACACGUCGAAACUGCUGGAGGUCAUCAGGAGCAAGGGAGGACGUGUGAAAGAGCAGACCAAGGCAACUUUGCAGGUUUUAGAUGAGACUGUGGACAUCACAAUUAGAAGAGAGUGCAUCUUCAAAUCUUUGAUGAUCUACCUGGGUGAACCUGUUCAUCACCUCAUUAAAGAAUGCCAGGAUAUGCAGGAAAAUGAAGCAGCCAUGGCAAUCGUCAGUGGAAACGAGGACAUUAAAAUCUUCAUUGACGGAACAGAGGUCCUCAGAGAGGUGCCCACAAUAGCAACGGCUGUUGCUAUGUUCUUCGGACUCACCUACGCUCUCAACAUAAAAUAUCCAAAAAAUCUGCAGUACACCCUUGAGUUUGUGCAAAAAGUCCUGAUGGAGCUUGGUGGGAAAAAGAUGUCCCCAAAAAUUCAUGGGCUGAAUACCCAGCUUUACAGCCAAGAGUAGGCACAGUUGAGUUCCACUCCAACCAAG